AUGAACAUGGCACGUUACUUCCACAUUGCAUCAGACCCAGUGGAGCGAGACAUCGACGAGAUGUUUUGGGUUCCACGCGGACCGAAGCUAUUCGCUGAAACUGAACUGGCGAAAUACCUCAAGAACAACAAGCUUCAGCAACACACGGCUCACUACGAUAGGUGGGUUGAUCAGCCGCGGCCGAAGCGACUGGCAGAGACAUACCAUCAUGAACAUUUGAACGCGAUGAUAGCGGAAGUCAGAGACUUCUUUGACGCAGGGUCUAAGUACGCCAAAGAAGGCAGAAAGUGGAAAAGGGUUUACCUUCUACAUGGAGCCCCUGGAACUGGAAAAACCGCCAUGCCAGAUGUGAUUGCCUCGGUAUUGGAUGUCCCACUCUAUCGCCACGCAUGUGGGAGCACUGAAGAUCAGUUCAGGCAACUGAUCAAUGCUACGCGACCUAAAUCUUUGGUUGUUUUCGACGAGAUUGAUCAGUUGAGUGCUGCACAACCUGACAAAGGUGGUGAUGAUACUGAAGGUUCGGAAAGGCAGCCGAUCAAGAAACAGACACUUCAGUCUUGGCUCUGUGGCGAGUUAGGUGCUGAGGGCACCGUAAUCUUCUUGACCACGAAUCACUUGAGAAAGAUUGACGAGGUCAUUCGACGUCCUCAGAGAGUGGACAAGAUGCUCCAUUUUCCAGCAGAGCUCACGAAAGGUACCAUAAACAAGAUCUUGCAAAUUCGUUAUGACAACGAGAACGCGGAUUGCGGCCUUCAGGAAAACAUAUUCAGAGGAAGGACUGCGGGAGGCCUGCACCAGUUUCUCGAUAACAAGGACUACGAAUCCGCUAUCAAACAUUUGGGAAAAUGGCUACUAGAACAACCUGCAGUAGAGCAUCGAGAAGCAUCGCUCAAAGACGUGGAUGUCUCCGGGUCAAAUGGAAUACACACAGAGGAUGCAAGUUCAAAGUUGUUAUAA